AUGACUUCAGCACGAGCAGUGCCGGUAUGGUUAGUCAACUGCACGGCAGGGAUACAUAAUACAGAUUACAUUAACUAGCAAUAUGACACAUAGUGCUCCAAUAUGACAUAUGGGCGCGACGACAUGAAAAUCCUGCAAAAACCCCACUUCUCAUAUUGUCAUUUUGUUAUAUUGCCAUAUUGCAUAUUGCUCGUGACCGGCUGACGAUUGAAAAUUGGCCCCACCCGAGCGCUGUCUCUCGGGUGUUGCGGCCAUGAGGUUAGGGCGCGUAUGCUCUUGCGCCGACUUUGGGGCGAUCGAGCAGGCGCCUGCUGUGCACCUCUUUCGCGCCUGUGGGUUGACAAGGCGUCUCGCCACCCCCGCUGUUAGCGAGGGCGGCGCUAGUGCGCCGGGGCUCCCAGCAGUCUAUUUCUUCAAUUUGUGUCGCAGCUGCGCCAUGUAGUGCGCCGCUGCAUGCGUCUUUUCGCAGCAUCUGGGCCGGACAGCUGGCCUCGCAACGCAAGUAGCGGCGGGCGCCGCCAGGUCGGCUUCCAGGUCCUGACGUUGCGCAAGGUCAUAUUGCUCAAACUCUAGCAGUCAUAUUGUCAUUUUGUCAUAUUGCCAUAUUGCAUAUUGCUCAAAGUGUCGAAAUUUUGCUAGUUAAUGUAAUGUGAUAAUAGUAUUUUUUGUAACUUUUUUUCUUCUCGUUCUCCUCCUCUUCUUCUAGAAAUUAACCCCAGAAAAAACUUUCAUCAUCCAAAUGAGCACGGUCGCUUGUCGUGCGUGACUCUGUCGCCCCCCCGGGCAAGGUCUAGCGUUGCAUCUGCUCUCCGUUUUCAUAUUUUUGCUUUCCAGGCAAGACAAGAGUACGAGUAUCCCCCGUGCCAUAGCUGUAUUUUGCCGUUUCGCAAUUUUAGCAGCAUACUUUUCAUCUGAAUUUUUAGAAAAUUCCGACCCUACGAAAACUUUUCUGAAUUCAAUCCAAGUUUUCGGCUAUCUUGACGUUCCGCAUGUCGCACUUAUCGCACUUGUUCUUCCUCUUGCAAUUUGGCUUUGUAUCGAAAAUAAGAAAUCGGUGACACAUGGAUAGAUAGUUUUUAUUUACG